UUAAAACAAAUAAACCAGAAGACAUCAAUUAUUUUUUCUCUUGUUAUUUUCCUGUUCCUCACAGGUACCAAUUCCAUUUAUCUGCGUGUAUGUACUCCAACGUCUCCCAAUUCACAUCUUUGCCCCGCGAUUCUUCUUCGAUGCGUUACAUCUUCUUCCGUCGAUUCUUUGCUAAUUUUCUUUCCUUUUUCUCCCAAGUCAACUAAAUUUUGUGUCAUCUAUAUUUCCAGGUGAUUAUUAGGCUUUCCGGAGUUUCCACUGUUCAGAAGUUAGAUGUCUUGUGGAUGAGAUUGAAGGUAAUUGAAAAUUGAAGUCAAUGCUUGAUGAGGGAGAUCUUGGGUAAGUUAAGGGAGAGUUUUUUGGUUGGUUGAUGGACAUGCAGAAGAAGACAGUCCUCAACUAAAACAAAAGCAGAGAUUUGGCUGUCAUAGAAAGGUUUCGGACUUAUUUUAAUGGGUGCUCCUAAGCAAAAGUGGACCGCAGAGGAAGAAGCGGCAUUGAAAGCUGGAGUUGUCAAACAUGGGGCUGGAAAAUGGCGCACCAUACUUACUGACCCAGAGUUCAGUUCCAUUCUGCGCAUGCGUUCUAAUGUUGAUCUCAAGGACAAAUGGAGGAACAUAAAUGUGACAGCAAUAUGGGGAUCAAGGCAGAAGGCAAAGCUUGCUCUUAAAAAGAACCUACUACCAUCCCCAAAAAUUGACAAUAAUCACAUGGCCUUGAGUACCGCAGUUCAACGUGACAGAGGAGCAGCAGAUCCCAAACCUCUGGCAGUUUCUGGUGCAAUAUCUCCUAAUUCAAAGGAAAAAGUAUCAAGGCUACAGAACUUCCAGUUAAAUAUAUCUGCCAUUUACUCUUGACUA